GGGAGGAGACCUGACUUCCUGUUCUCUCAGUUGGGAAAAGCUCAUCCAUUUCCUCCAGCAGCGAGUUUGCCGCAUUAACGUGAACAUCAGAAAGAGCAAAAUCGAAUAUAAUGACGUCAGACAGAUUCUUCCUCUACUGUCUGAAGUUCAGUUUAAAAGAUUGAACCCCUUGGUUUUGCUGUCAGUCAUCAGAGAGAUCUAUGAGACUCGAUCUGCUGACUGUGUGUCCAGUCUUUUGAGUUCAACACACAGCUGUAUCAACCUGAGCAAUACAGAGCUGGACUCCUACCACUCUACUGCCCUGCACUUCACUUUCCAACACUCUACAUCUGUCUGUCUGAACCUGCUGUGGACCUCCAUACAGGAGGAGGAUCUGAUGAAGAUUCUGCCUCUGUUCAACAGAGUUUCUCAGCUCAGUGUUGACAGGGUCCUGCUACUGAAGAUGCUCCAUUGCUGCAGUAAAUCUGACCUCCAGAAGGGGGCAGCAAGAGCAGUUUUCUCUGCUCUGAAGAACAGACUGGACUUCUCUUGUAGCAUUGGUUUAGAUCUGACCACAGAAACACAGGAUAAUGUUCUUUAUCUGAGCACUGAGGACUGCAGAGAUAUCAGCACAGCCAUCCAAAAUUCUCACCAGCUUACAGAGCUCAUUCUGAAGGACUGUCAGAUAGAAGAUGCAGCACUGGACCUGUUCUUCCCCGUUCUACAUACUGUGAGACUGCGCUGUAGUAAACCCUUGUUGAUUCAGUUCUUGGCUCUUCUUCAUGUGGUAAACGAGUCAGAGUGUGUGAGGCAUGUUAGAUCCCUCUCUCAGGCUCUGGAUGGAGAGAUGGACCUCAGUGAGACCCCUCUGGACCUCCAGGCCUGUAGAUCACUCACAUUGUUUCUGGAAUUUACUGAAGGUCUUUCAGAACUGGACCUCAGCCACUGUAAGCUCUCUGAGCACGGCCUGGAGCUGCUGUUCCCACACCUGCAUAAAACAGCUGUCCUGGACCUCAGUCACAAUGCUAUAGACGAUUAUUUAGCAGGAAGAAUCUACACAAUCGUCUCCACCAGCAGUAACAUACAGACAGUUCGACUCUUCAACAACAGAAUUACUCGUAAAGAACAUUUCCAAAAAGACAAACGCUUUGAGAUCUGGUGACGGCUGUGGACAGUUUCCUGAAUUCACUCUGCUUCAUAAUCCAGAAAAUUAUUUGUACGAGAAAUACAAAAGAACAGACACAGUAGAACCAGAGGGGAAAGUUUGCUUCUGAUCACAAUCACUGCACCCCGCAACAUUGUAUAGAUGCAACAAAUGGACAUUCGGUGCAACCCAGAUGGGGAUGGGUUCAUCCUUCCUCUUGCCAUCUCGGGGAGUUUUUCCUGCGCCACAGUCGCCAACGGCUCACUCAUCAGGGACAAACUUACUUAUAAAGAACAUAAUAAUUUAUCACCACAUGUUCUGUGUUAAGCUGCUUUUCAAUAUUCAUUGUUAAAAGCGCAAUACA